GUUGACUGCUGACCGCCCUGCCAACAGCCAUGGACACCCCGGGCUAUCCCUCACCAGCACCCGCCACCCUGGAGCCUGGCAACACCUCUACUUCUUCAGCUUGGCCUCCUGCUGCCACCCCCGGAAAUGCAUCAGCAGUGGGCUCGAGCCUGGCGGGGCUGGCGGUCAGCGGCGUUCUCAUCCCCCUGGUGUACUUGGUGGUGUGCGUGGUGGGCCUGCUGGGCAACUCCCUGGUCAUCUACGUGGGCCUGCGGUACACAGCCAGCCCCUCGGUUACCAACGUCUAUAUCCUCAACUUGGCCUUGGCUGAUGAGCUCUUCAUGCUGGGACUGCCCUUCCUGGCCGCCCAGAACGCCCUGUCCUACUGGCCCUUUGGCUCCCUCAUGUGCCGCCUGGUCAUGGCGGUGGAUGGCAUCAACCAGUUCACCAGCAUCUUCUGCCUCACGGUCAUGAGUGUUGACCGCUACCUGGCCGUGGUGCACCCCACGCGCUCUGCCCGCUGGCGCACGGCGCCCGUGGCCCGCGCUGUGAGCGCGGCAGUGUGGGUGGCCUCUGCCGUGGUGGUGCUACCCGUGGUGGUCUUCUCAGGCGUGCCCCGAGGCAUGAGCACCUGCCAUAUGCAAUGGCCCGAGCCGGUGGCCGUCUGGCGAGCUGGUUUCAUCAUCUACACUGCGGCUCUGGGCUUCUUUGGGCCGCUGCUGGUCAUCUGUCUGUGCUACCUGCUCAUCGUGGUCAAGGUGCGCUCGGCGGGGCGGCGGGUGCGUGCGCCCACGUGCCAGCAGGCGCAGGUGGCCUCGUGCCCGCGACGGCGGAGCUCUGAGCGCAGGGUCACACGCAUGGUGGUGGCUGUGGUGGCGCUCUUCGUCCUAUGCUGGAUGCCCUUCUAUGUACUCAACAUCGUCAACGAGCUGUGCCCGCUGCCCGAGGAGCCGGCCUUCUUUGGCCUCUACUUCCUGGUGGUGGCGCUACCUUAUGCUAACAGCUGUGCCAACCCCAUCCUUUAUGGUUUCCUCUCCUACCGCUUCAAGCAGGGCUUCCGCAGGGUCCUGCUGCGCCCUUCCCGGCGCGUGCGCAGCCAGGAGCCCGCAGUGGGACCUCCCGAGAAGACGGAGGAGGAGGAGGACUACGAGGAGGAAGAGGAUGGGGCGGCGGUGAAGAGGAAGGAGGUGAACGGCCGGCUCAGCCAGGUCACACAGCCUGCCACCAGCGGGCAGGGGCGACCGCACAGCGCCGGGACCAGCAAAGAGCAGAAGUUCCUCCCACAAGAGCCCCCAGCCGGGGAGAAGUCCAGCCCGCGGCACAGCAGCUAUCUGUAGGCAUCCCAGGACGGGUGCAGGGUGACGGGAGGGAGGCACUGAGGAUGGGGUUUCCCCGGGUGGCCCACAGUGGGAUAUUUGGAGGUCCUGUUGUUGCCAGGAUUUGCUGUGUGACCUCCAGGCCUCACUUGACCUCUCUGGGCCCCUCUUCCUCCUCUGUGACUCAGGGACGGGGGUCAUCAGCUUCAAUGGGCAUCACUGCGAGGCUGGCCUCUUGAGGUGUGUGUGGAGUAGGGGGAUCCUGGAUAAGGGGCUGGGGCCAGAGUGGCCUUGUCCUUGGAUGUGGAGUGCCUAUAAGGAGCAGCCUGCAUGUUGGCUCUCAGAGGGAUAGCAGGAGACAGGAAGAAGCCAGGCGCUGGACUGGAGCUCCUAACAGCAGGACGUUGACUGUGGCGGGGAAGAAGGCCGCUGGCCAGAGCCCAGCUUGCCCUGCCCUGCUGGCUUGCAGGGGAGCAUUAGCCAGCUGUGCCUCUCCACGGGCCCCAGGUUACACUGCCUCAGCCCAGUGUUGGCAGCAGGUGCUUUGGCUCCAGCCGCUC